AGCUGAUUUCUUUCUCGUUCUGUGGUGCAUCUGCCGAUUUGUGUAAUUGUGUGCGACUUUAUUGAUUUUAUUUUGUUGUAGUACUAUUUCAUUAUUAGAUCGUAUUUUGACUCAUUAAUAUUAAUAAUCGUAAAAGAUGUAAGAUAAUUAGAUGGUUGCCACUAAAAACGCCAUGUCCGCAAAUGGGAACGGCGGUAACUACGCGCCACUGAAGCAGAUACUGUCGGACUCUGAAUCUGAAGACGACAAGCUGGAUAAUGCUGUUCACAUCAAAGCUACUGAUAGUUGCAACAAUUUGGACUUCAACAGUGGUUUACAAUCGUCUAAGAACUACAGUUUGAGUGACAUGGACGAGUUUAACACCAAUAUGAAUACAGUCGAAAGUACGAUGGAUAACGUGAGCUUCCUGCAGUCUGAUGUGUCCAACAGGAUGUCUUUCCCGCGUCUAUGCGCCUUCAUCACCUCGAUCGUGGUGUGCUUGCUAACUGUGGUCGUUUUCUUAUGGGGGAUACCUUGUUCCGAGGUCGGUAGCUGCGUCAAUGAGUGGCACGACAAAACAACUAGCUGGGAGCUUCCGUACGACGAAAUAGAGUUGUCGGGUGCCGUCCAAGUUGUAGAGGGGGCUAUACCAAACACGAAAAACCUGAUAUUCAUAUACAGAGGAAAUCAUAUGAAAGACGAGAAAUCUAAUUACCAACACGACAAUGUAAAUGGUGUGCUAUUAAUCGUUGGGAACUCUGGCAAGGUGGGCUGGUACACUAGAGACAAUAGGAUCCCAACUGAAAUCAACUGCCACCUGAUUGAUGUGAGCAGAGACAACCAGAAGGACUGUAUAGUUUCAGGGUCAGAAGGUAUGCUCGCUGCUCUAAAUCCCUUAUCUGGAACUUAUUACUGGAAUAUCCACAAACAUGGACAGACACUGAAUAUUGCAGCAAUUGAUUUCCCCAUUCUAUUGAAAGAUAUGGACAAAGACAAAGUUAGUGAUCUGUUGACUGUAGCAACAGUACUCCCAAACACAAACCAUAAUUCUUUGUUGAUUGUAUCUGGUGCCACUGGAAACAUAAUUGGUGAACCCAUGUCUAUAAAUGAUUGUUUAUCAGUCAAAUUACUUACUGAGUCAGACACAAUUACAUACAUCUGCAAAAAUGGAACAACAGAAGCCGUAAGAGUUAUAUCUUAUCCAAAUCUGUAUAGAAAACUCUUGAAACUUGACAAAUCAACAAAUUAUACAGCAUCCAGAACUUCUGUCAGUAAGCCAAUAAACCUGAGUCUCAAGAGGAAUAUAGGGAACACACGGGAGACAUUCACCAAUGGUCCAGGACAGUUGAUUGUUGAAAACUCUGGGGAGUGCCCAAAUUCAUGCAGGGUCAACUUGAAACUGAUUCUGGAAAGAAAUGGCACAACAAAUGCCAGCUGGGAGUACACUGCUGGCCAUGUUUAUGCCAUGAGGCCUAGCUCUUUUGCUUUUGCAAACUCAAUACGAGGCUUUGUACUAAAAUUAUGACAGUGGAACAGCGCACACCAUGCUAAUAAAGGUGUGCAAAAACUCGAUGAAGUACGAUACAAUGUACAAAAUCAGAGCCCAAAGAACUACAAUGAUGUAUUUUAUUACAAGUCCAAUAUAGAUGUAGCUUCUAUUGCUUCAUUCAUAAAGUAUACUAAUUUCACUGUUCAUGAAAUAUCAGAGAGGAUAGUGUUGGUCUCAUUUGACAAAAUGCAGACUCAUAAUGUGAAUGUCAGUCAGACUGACAUCGUGCAAAUAUGUGUCCGUGGGCCGGUAGACACAAACGCACCUUUACCUCUAUGCCAACCAGACUUGGAGUAUCAGGAAAAGUCUUUGAUGAUUGCAGAUUUGGAUGGUGAUCAGUCUCAUGAACUGAUUUCCUACUACAGUACCUUUUCUCCUCCUGAGUCAUAUUCUCCAAAGAACACCCCAAACCCAUAUGAUAAUUGGCGAUUAACGUCAAUCGUGAGAGUCAUCCGGUUAGAAUCUGAAUUGCCAAAACUGUUUGUUGCUGAUAAUUAAAGUUUUAGGCAGAUUUUCACUCCAUAUUUAAAUUUAGUGAGCUUUAGGUUUCAAAUAUGCCAAACUUUGCUAAUGUGCUGUAAUAUGUAGCCUAAAAGCUAGGUCUAGUCAUUCGGUGAAUUACUAAUAAAUGUAUAAUCUAUGUUAUAGUUUAUCAUUCAUGCAUUACUAAUUGAUAAAAGUUUAUUAUAUCCAUUUUCACUCGCCUAAAGUGUUCAAUGUUAAAAGCAGGGUUCGAAAAUAUCCUAUAUUUAUGAAAUAUAUCGGAUAUAUAUCAUAAGGAUAUUUUCGAACCCUGGUUAAAAGUGUAAUCAACUAGUUUUAAGAUAAAAUAGUUAGGGAUUAUAUCAAAUAAGUGUGCUAUCAACUCUAGAAUCUCAAGUUCGAUAUAUUUAUUUAAUUAUCUUCUAAACUUUACUAAUAAAGUGUAUACUAUUCUCAUGUAAUUUCGAAAGUAGGUAUAGUUUUACUAACUUGUAAUCCAAAGUUUUUUUUAAGAUAAUGAACUUAUCAAUGUUUUAUUGUGGAAGUUAUUUGAAAUAGUAAUAAAAUUAAUAUGUUGAAAUCUGAAUUGUGAAUCAAAUGCUUAUUGUAUGUAAUAAUAAAUGGUGUAAAUUACAUGCUUGGCAUUGUACAAAAAAAUCUCACAAUAAUGUGAACAUUAGAAAACAUUGAAUAGUUUUUAUUUUUUAGUUUAGAAAUGAAGGUUCCAAUGUAUUUAACCUGGAUUGUUAUAACGUUUGACAAACUGCACAGGUAUGCACAAUGUAAAACUAUUAAGUAGGAUUUUUGUAAGGAUGGAUGUGAAUACUUAAAUAUUGUACUGCAAUUUUAAUAGUACUUAUCAUGAGUGUCAAAGUUGAUAUUUUACUAUAAACAUACUUUGAUAAAUGCAUCCUAUCUGUAUGUUUUGGUCUGCGCUAUUGAUAAUCCAAAGAUACAAUAUGACCUGACACUGAUCUUUACAAAACAUUUUUGUAUUAAUUGUAAGUGCAGUACAAUAUUAAAGUUUAU